AUGGGGGAGAGGGUGGGGGAAUCCGGGGGGAGGGGAGGUGGUAGGGGGGAGUGGACGGGAGUAGGCGGGGGCGGGGGGCUAGAGGGGGUCCUGGAACGGGAGCGUGGUGUGGCCCCUGUGGAGGAGGUGAGGGGCGGGGGGGGGGGCGGGGGAGGGGAGCCGAGGGAUUGGGGGUGUGGGCCGACAGUGGCGGGGGCGGUGGGCGGGAGGGGGGGUGGGCCGGUGGUGCGGUUGUGUCGCUUGUCGUGGCAGGGGUGUCUAUGGGGGGAAUGUGUGGGGAGGUCGGAUGUGGUCGGGGGGUGGCGGCGUAGGCGCGGGGGAGGGGUUGGGGGGGGGGGCGGGACAAAGGGGUGCGUGAGGGCGGUGCGUCGUGAGGGACAAGGUGGGGGGGGGGGGGGGGUGCAGGGGUGGGGGGUAGCAACGGACCCGGCCUGGUGUGUUGGGGGGGUGGUCUGCCUAGCGGGGGAGGUCAGGGGGGAGGCGGGGGGGGGGGGGAGGGGGGGGUGGGGAGGGGGGGCGGAGGAACGCCGCUGGUCGGCAAGAGUGUCGGAGGGGCUGGUGGGGGGGGGCGCUGGGGGCCGGGGGCGGCGGGGCGGGGAGGGGGGGGUAGGAGGAGAGGGGCAGUACGGGGGCCGCAGGGCGGAGGGAGAAGACGGAAGAAGGGGGGGGGAACCUGGGGGUGGGGUGAAGGAGGCGGGGUCACUGGGGAUGCGGCGGGAGAGGGGCGGAGGUGAGGGGGGGGAGGUGGGGGGACUCGACGGAGGGGGGAGGGAUGCGCGGCGGUGGGGAAGGGCGGUGAGGUGGGGGGGGGGAGAAGGGGGGGGUGAGGAAGUCUGGUCAGAUACAGGGGGGGGUGGGCGAGAAGCGGGGUCCAGGGGGGGGGGGGGUGUUGUGGGAAGGGGGUCGAGGGCUCGCAGGUGGCGUGAGGGCGGGGGGGGGGAGGGUAGGGCGUUGCCGUGGGGGCUUUGUCGCGGGGUUGGGGGCAGGACGGCGGGGACUAGGGCUGAGGCGUGGCGGGGGGGGGGGCUGGGGGGGGAGUGGAACGGGUGGAGCGGCAGGGUGGGACGAGGUAUCAGUGGGAGUCAGAGGGGGGACUCGGGGGCGGUGCGGGAGUGCGAGAUAGGGGCGGGGGGUGGUUGGGCGCGGGGGGGGGGGGGCGUGUGGUUUAGGAAGGGCGGGCUAAGAGCGGGGGGGGGUCGGGGGCGGGGUGCGGAGGGGGGUUGGGAGGGGCGUGGUGAGUCAUGGCGGGGGGGUGGGUGCGGGGGAGGGCUGGGGAUGGGGAAGCAGGGCAGGGUAGAGGCUCGAGAUAGCGCCAUUCAAGGACGGGGGGUCAGAGGGGGGUCGGGGGGGGGAAGAAUGGAGCGGGGGCGGAGGGGGCUCCGGUAG